AAGCCGGAGAGGACGGCUUAUAAUCGCGUCCAAGCGGUGCCAGCAUAGAGCGAUUUGCAUCAGCAAUCGCAGUUUAAGGCCUGCCAACAACGCUGAGUGGCUGGCGCAAGCAGCUGAGCAAGCGCAAGCAGCUAUCUAGCAGCUGGGGUCAAAAACAGGCAGCAGCCUCGGCGACCGACGCCGCCGCAGCGAUGCCGGAAAAGAAGAAAUGCGGCGCCUGCAAGGACAAAUUGACGAGGGAGGGCUACGCGAAGGAGCAGUGGCAAAAGGAAGAAAACGAACGGCGCUGCCUCGCCUGCGUCGCCGCGGAUCGGCCGAACACGGCGGCCCAGACGCCGGAAGAGAAGGCGGAACGCGACGCCUUCGUCAAGGCCUGCGUCGAGGCGCUUUCUCGACGGAGCGACGUCACGAACCAUACCAGAGCGACGGAAGCUAGGAGGCGCGCCGAGUCCGUCGAUGCCCCUACCGAAGAGUUUGCCGUCAACGCCGCCGACGUGCCGCCGCCGCCGCCGCCGCCCGAGAAGCCGCCCAUCACGCAAGUCGGUCCCUCACCAUCAGACGUCCUCAAGUCGUUGUGUUACGACUAUCCUGAUGUAAGGGCGGACCAAUGUGCCGCUUUAGCGAAGGCGCUGCGGAAACCCGCGGAUUGCAACCUGAGAAUCGCAGCUCGAGCCGUCGAGGGCAUCCAAUCGAUCUGCGAGAAGGCUUCCGCUGGAAGUGAAGAGGCGGACCUCGCGCUGUCGAUCGCGGUGACGGGCGUGCGCUAUUUGCUGGAAGGGAAUAGGGCCCGCGUCUGCAAGUACGCGUCUAGAGUGCAAGACAAGCCCAAGCCCUCGCCGAAGAAGAAGACCACAGCUUUCGACUACUCGAAGUGGGACCACCUCGACUCCGACAGCGACGCCGAGACGAUCGAGCACACGACGUCGGACAAUGUCUGGGCGGCGCCGCCGCCGAACGACGCCGUGGAUGCAGCUAGGUUUGUCAUCUUGUGCGCGUCGCUCUCGUCGUAUGGCUUGUGCGGGGGCGCGACGUGGACCGAGGCGGAUGUGACGGAUUGUCUUAAAAUAGCGCGUCUCUUGCGAUCUUCUUCUGAAAGUUCGUGGCUCCUCAAGCCGCGGGAAGAUGAAAUUUUUGACGCGUUGCGGGCGGCGGGCCCAAGGUAUGCUUUCUUAUUGCGGGACGCCUUCCAGCACCAUGUAUCUUUGAGACCAUGUAUAGCGACGGGACUCCGAGAAUUAGCCUUCAGCGACACUACUGGAAAGGCCUCGGCGAACGACGGCGGAGUAGCGUUAGUUGCGCUAGCGUCCCUGUGCGGCGACGUUAACUUGAGGGACGUGGGCUGCACGCAAAUCCUGCGGAAGGAAGCGCGUUUAGCGUUACCCGCUCUAGCGGACUUGGCAAGGGCUUUGGGUCACGGUGGUAAAGGUGACGUGCCAAUGUUAUUGGGAGCUUGCCUCGCGAUUGUGGAACGGGCCUCGGGCAUCUACACGGAUCGACGGCGGGACGACGCGUCUGCGUUGACGACGAAAGUGGAUCCUAAACAACAGCCUUCCCGCGAUUUGGUUGAUUGUGGGUUGCUGGCGGCUCUCUGUGCCAUCGCAAAAAGGUUAGAUGAGGACCACGCCUGCGAGCAGGGCGAGAAGCGGCUCCAUCGAGCGCUGCAGGCGCUCAUGGCCCAGGACCCGGCGCGGUGCGGGGCAUUCCUGUUCCGCGCGGCCUCGUUGUUUGACGUCGCCGUGUCGGACGCGUUUGCUGGAAGAUGCCCCGACGAGGCCUGCGUAUGGGGGCUGCGGCUCGCGGUGUGUCGAUUUCAGUUGAAGACCGAGGAUCUGCGGACGUCGGACUGCUUGCGACGCGCGCUGAGCGGCCUCGGCGGGUCGUCACCAAAGGUGACGACCGUCCGGUUGGCGCGCCUGGCCGAGGCCCUGGGCCAGGUCGCGACGACGCCCGACGCGGCGCGGCGUUUUUUGGACUCCGUCGACGACAGCGACGCAGCCUUCGCGCGCGAGCGAUUACUGGCGUUGCGGGCGGCGCUCGGCGUCGCCGAGGACGAGGUGGCGCCCGAGGAGACCGUGGAGCCGCCCGACGACGUCGAGGAGGGCGAGAAAUUGAAGAAGCGGGCGGAGCGGCUCGAGGCGGCGCGGACGCGGGCCGCGUCUUCGGUAAGGAAGCACCUCAAGGCGCUCCUCGUGCCGGCGGCGCGCGGCGACGCGGGGAAGGUGGACUGACGCGCCUCUAACUUGUAGUUCUUGGAA